AUGCCGACGGUCCAGCUACGGAAGAAUGCGACGAUCGCAACGGUCAGAUUCGGUGGAAACGAGCCGACGAACACGAUCGGGAUCACAACAGUCAUCACCCCGAUUGGAGAAGUCGUUUUCCACGUUAUCAAUAUGUCAACGCCCUUCUUGCUAUGCCUCAAGGAUAUGGACCGUCUCGGUGCCUAUCUCAACAACGUCACGAACGAAUUGAUCUGCGGCGAUAAGAGGAUUCCGAUCAUCAAGGCAGACGCACCGCGCAGGUUCAAAUUCACGUUAAAGGAUAACUGCGAUUUCAACUACGAAUUGAUCGUCGAUUCGUUGCUUCAAAUGGCCUUCAAAUCCGUCAAUGAUACCGCCGGACCUGACGGUCUAGUGCCCACACUACUAGUCUUUGAAGUCACAGUUGAGCUAGACAACGGGCCAGCUAAAUUUCGCAGCACGGCUGUCCAGCCCUACUUUCGCCACCCGGAUUCGCAGCAGCAACGAAGUCACGAUGUUCUACAGCAGCCACACGCUGACAAUCAGACUGCUGACAAUCAGGCUGAUAGCAUCAACGUUGAGACCGAAGUGCCUAAGCCAUUCGAAUAUCCCGAGCCGGAAAGACCACGCAGACGCGGCAGACCAAGAAAAGUCCCUCGAGAUCAGCAGCAAUACGAUACCUUCGAGUGCGCCGCCCUCGACCUUGCCGUAAAGUUACGUGCAGAGAAGAAAAUCACUACCGCCGGACGACCGUUUGAAGCCUCUGAUGACCUCGAAAUCACGAACCUGCUAGGCGCAGGCGUCAUCGUGCCCGAACGAUACGAUAUGAAUAAGCAUGGAAAACACAGGCUAUUCAAGUCACGAAUGGUCCGGGAGGUCAAAGGAUAUGGUGACGACGAGAAGCAGAUCAACGUCACGACCGCAGAGACCAACGCGGAUACCGCACUUCAGGUUAAUGCCUUCGGCGUUGCCGCGCUUCAGACUGAUGAUACGUUAUUGGUAGGCACAACAACAUUCCUGCAACGUGAAGACCGCGAGCUAUGCUUCCAAGCCAAGCCAAAGAAGACCCUACGAGAAGGCGAUACCUGUGAUUUCAACGGCAGCCUCAUUGCUCUAGAGAAGGGCUAUCUUCUAGUCAUGCAGAAAGGUCAGGUCAACAACCUCAAAAUUAUCGAUCUAUCCACGGAAGAUCGGGCCCAACGAUACGUGGAACAACGUGCCCAUCCAACCGCGGAGGAUUUUCAGGCGUUGAAUAAACGGAUCCAAUGGCAGAUCGACAAUCCACAAAGAGGCCUUCGAUUUGUCCCAAUAGGUCUAGAAGCAGCAAAGGUCUUCGUCUUCACAGACGGAUCAUUCGCCAACAACAAGGACUUAAGCUCUCAGAUCGGAUUCGUUAUAAUCAUUGCAACCGAGACUAACUCGACGAAGUGCAAGAGAGUCACCCGCAGCGUCUUGGCUUCUGAGAUAUAUGGAUUAGCUUCAGGCUUCGAUUUGGCAUAUGUGAUCACAGAGACGAUCAACCAGAUCACAAACCGCCUUGGAUUGCCGCAAAUCCCGCUCGUGGUGUCGUACGAACAGAGAGACAUCACAAGCAUCCGUUGGAUCAAUGGUGCGGACAACCCGGCUGAUGCAAUGACGAAGCUAUCUCCGAACGGAGCCUUGACCCGAUUCGUCAACGACAACGAGAUCACGAUCCGGCUUGAAGGUUGGGUUCAAAGGAAGGAAGAUAUGACGAUUGAAGAGGCGAUUAACGAUUGA